AUGAAACUCUUAAUUCUUAUUAUUCUAAUAAUUUCCACUAGCAAUGGUUAUUUUACAGGAUGUCCUAUGGAUGGCUGCGAAAGCACACUAAGUGGCUUUGUUGACGUAGCUGUUGAUGGAUUUGAUGAAGAUGUAAAAUGGCGGCGUACUGACUUGCUAACAAUUUCAUCACGUGGUUGUGUAUCGAAUGGAUUAUCUUCGCUUAUAUGUGCUGUUGAUGUCGGAUAUGUAUCAAUAAAUAUAACCAACGGUCAACUACUCUGGAUCAUUCCUCUUGAAAUCCGAGGAAAAACAGAAACAGCAUCAUUACCUAUAGUUAAUUAUAAAGGAUUCUCGAUCAUUGCCAACAACACACAAUGUGCAUUAAUUGAUCCUCAGGGUGUUGCAAGAGGCAUAUUCAAUUAUGAACCAAUAUUGAUUCCUCCACUAGCAGGUCCAUUCGUGACAGAUGAUGGUCAAAUUAUUGUCGCCGAUUUAGUUUCUUUUGUAGGUAUAGAAGAUACUGGUCUUCCACUUGGUGUUCAAUCGUUGCCUCCUAACUUUUUUCGUCUAUCUCGAUCUAUGAGUCUUAACAGACAUGAUGCCAGAUGGUAUUUGAUUUCUCAGCACAAUAUUACUUAUUCUCGAGCAAUUAUUGCUACUGAGACAACUGGUAGUAUAGUGGAUCGAAUACGUAUUGCCUGGAUAUACGAAUAUGGUAUGCUACCAAAUUCGUGUAAUGGAAUGGAAGGACCAUUGCUAUCAAUGAAUCAAAAAUGGCUGUUUGUUGUUAAUACCACAGGAAUUCUAAUCAUUGCUGAUAAAGGUGACUCAGCAAUCGUGAUCACAGCAACUCGUAAAGCUGUUCUACUGCUCGUCGAUUACAGUCGUCAUCAGCUUUUAGGACGUUUUGACCUUGGUUAUGUGUCGCAGAUUGCUACAUUUGAACCCUUAACUCAACUGGCUUAUACAGAAACCAAUGACCAACAACUUUUUGUAACCAUCGCUCAUAAAGCUGUUGGCUUGGUCACAGUUCAACUUCUGACAUCGAAUCAAUGA